CCCCGCUUCAGCUGCGCAGCGCACGCCGGUCCUCGCCUCUCUCCUCCGCUCCCGCCGGGCGCCGCGCCGCCAGCCUAGCUCCGGCUUCCGCUGCCCUUCUCCUUGUAUCUUAGGCAGGUGACAGCAGGGACAUGUCUCGAGAGCUGCAAGACGUGGACCUCGCCGAGGUGAAGCCUUUGGUGGAGAAAGGGGAGACCAUCACCAGCCUCCUGCAAGAGUUUGAUGUUCAGGAGCAGGACAUCGAGACAUUGCAUGGCUCCAUCCACGUCACGCUGUGUGGGACGCCCAAGGGGAACCGGCCUGUCAUCCUCACAUACCACGACAUCGGCAUGAACCACAAAACCUGCUACAACCCGCUCUUCAACUCCGAGGACAUGCAGGAGAUCACGCAGCACUUUGCCGUCUGCCACGUGGACGCCCCUGGCCAGCAGGACGGCGCCGCCUCCUUCCCAGUGGGGUACAUGUACCCCUCCAUGGAUCAGCUGGCGGAAAUGCUUCCUGGAGUCCUUCAGCGGUUUGGGCUGAAAAGCGUCAUUGGCAUGGGAACCGGAGCGGGCGCCUACAUCCUCACUCGAUUUGCUCUGAACAACCCUGAGAUGGUGGAGGGUCUCGUCCUCAUCAACGUGAACCCGUGUGCCGAAGGCUGGAUGGACUGGGCCGCCUCCAAGAUCUCCGGAUGGACCCAAGCCCUUCCAGACAUGGUGGUGUCCCACCUCUUCGGGAAGGAGGAAAUGCAGAAUAACGUGGAGGUGGUCCACACCUACCGCCAGCACAUCCUGAACGACAUGAACCCAGGCAACCUGCACCUGUUCAUCAACGCCUACAACAGCCGGCGGGACCUGGAGAUCGAGCGGCCGAUGCCCGGAGCGCACACCGUCACCCUGCAGUGUCCUGCUUUGUUGGUGGUUGGGGACAGUUCUCCUGCUGUGGAUGCUGUGGUGGAGUGCAACUCGAAAUUGGACCCAACGAAGACCACUCUCCUCAAGAUGGCGGACUGUGGUGGCCUCCCGCAGAUCUCUCAGCCAGCCAAGCUUGCCGAGGCCUUCAAGUACUUCGUGCAGGGCAUGGGAUACAUGCCCUCCGCCAGCAUGACCCGCCUGAUGCGCUCACGCACGGCCUCAGGCUCCAGCGUCACGUCCCUGGAGGGCGCCCGCAGCCGCUCCCACACCAGCGAGGGCACCCGCAGCCGCUCCCACACCAGCGAGGGCACCCGCCUGGACAUCACCCCCAACUCCGGUGCCACCGGGAAUAGCGCCGGGCCCAAGUCCAUGGAGGUGUCCUGUUAGACGGCCUGCACGGAUGGCCGCCCCCUGGACUCUGGGAUUGGGAUCGCUGUAGCUGCCCCCUCCUCCAGCCCCUUCCUGCCCCCUGCCUGCCACACCGCACGUAACUCGGUAUUAAUCCAAGGCUUAUUUUGUAAGAGUGAGCUCUGGUGAUGAGGAAGUUAGGUUGGGUUUGUCGAGGGCGCCCUUUCUGACGAGGGCGGGGCAGGGUGGACCAAAGGAAAAGCCUCUCGGUGUCCUGUUUUCAUUAACGAGUGGCCUGGUGACCACUCUCUUACCCUCCCCCAGAGACGCCAAACUGCCAAAAACAAGAAACAUAACUGUAAAUACUUCAUAAAUCCAGCCUAGGCUGACCUGAGCAUCCUGGGUCUAAGGGGCAUUUUGUUGGAAGCCCAGCCACCUACUUCCUGUUUCCUCUCCAGCUAAAGAAAAACUGACCCAGUUUCUGGAAACAAAACCUUUUUCUGACUUGGGGAGGGGGAGAGCAGUGAAUCGUGGGUAAAUCUUUUAACUGGGCAAAACAGGAAGUGGGGGGAAAAGAUGGAAUUAAUCUGGAGGCCAGAAGCGUUUGACAAAGCAAAGCCACAGUUAACUUGAUGAAACAGUUGUUUCAAGUUCACGCAUAUAUACAUCUUUUAACACCGGGCCAUACAGGCCUGUUUUUCUGUCAUCCUCUCAAUGAACAAUGAAAGCCAACAUCUCCUGGCUUUGCAAAGAAAUGGUCUCAGCAAACAUUUGGUAUCAUGGAUUGAAGGCUUCGGUUCUGCUGUGUGCCUCCUCCUGCACAGCCCCUACUUCCCACCCCAAAUACGUGAGCGAGUGGUUAUUUCAUUCAUGGGAAGAUCAUUUAGAUUUGUGGUUGCUUUCUUGGAAGUGGAGGGAAACAUUCCGAAUAACCAUACCUGGCUGUGAUGGGUCUCCAUGCAGCAGGGGGCAGGGGUCUUGGGGUGGGGGUGGUCUUUAGGUGACUAGAUGUAAGGGAUUCCUGUGGUCGUGAUGGAAUCUGGUGCAAUUCUGAUUUCAGUCGAUCCCAUCCCGGUUCCCUGGAAUCUCGUGUGAUUGAGUUAAAUCCAGCUUCCAAUCUUUGACAACUGGGGUUGAAUCUGAACUUGACGGCCGAAUGUUUCUGAGCUGGUAACAUUCCUGGAUCUUCAGCUGGAACUGUUUGCUCUUGUAGAGGGUGGGGAUCCAUGUGCGGAAUGGUAGCUGAGAAGACGCAAGGAUUCUGGAAUGUGUAUUCCAUGGAGUUUCCUGCCCUCUCCCGCCGUGCCCUCUUCCCUGCCCCUCUAACCUCCUUUGGGUGAAUGGGGCGGCACCACUGACAUUCCUGGGCAACCUCAGCGUAGCUGUCAAGUUCUUGUACUACUGCCUUUUGAUUUUCAUUUUGGCUAACCAUGGAUCUUAUAGCAAGUUUGAUCAGAGUGAAUGGAACAUUGUGAAUCAGCCGCUGGGGCCUGGUGACUUAAGGACCCUAGAGUUGGUAGAAGGAAGUAGUCAACCCUUCUAGGUAGCUCGAGGGGCAAUGACUCGGUUUACCUGCCACCUACCACCUGGGCGGCUUCCCUUGACCUGCACAGAAAGGUCAGGGGUCAGGGCAGGAGUGGCUGAAUCGAGACAAGAAACUGUUGUGUACAAGUCUUUCCAGAGGAGUUUCUUAAUGAGAUAUUUGUAUUUAUUUCCAGACCAAUAAAUUUGUAACUUUGCA